GCGCGGAAGCGGCGGCCGGGCAGCCAUGUCGCCUUUGUCUGCGGCGCGGGCGGCCCUGCGGGUCUACGCGGUGGGCGCGGCGGUGGUCGCGGCGCAGCUGCUGCGCCGCCUCCGCGAGGGCUUCGCGGAGCCAGUUUUCUCCCCACAACCUGACCGGGUUGCUAUAGUGACCGGAGGGACGGAUGGAAUUGGCUAUUCCACGGCGAAGCAUCUGGCGAGACUGGGCAUGCACGUUAUCAUAGCUGGAAAUAACGAGGGCAAAGCGGAAGAAGUUGUUGGGAAGAUAAAAGAAGAAACCUUGAAUGACAAAGUGGAGUUUUUAUACUGCGAUCUGGCGUCUCUGAGCUCUAUCCGGCAGUUCGUCCAGAAGUUCAAGAUGAAGAAAAUCCCUCUCCACGUCCUGGUCAAUAACGCCGGGGUCAUGAUGGUCCCUCAGAGGAAAACCGUGGACGGGUUUGAGGAACACUUCGGCCUGAACUUCCUGGGCCACUUCCUGCUCACCAACCUCCUCCUGGACACCCUGAGAGAGUCAGGGUCUCCCGGCCGCAGCGCGAGGGUGGUGACCGUCUCGUCGGCCACGCACUACGUCGGCGAGCUGAACAUGGACGACCUUCAGAGCAGCAGGUGGUACUCCCCGCACGGAGCCUACGCCCAGAGCAAGCUGGCCCUCGUCCUGUUCACCUACCACCUCCAGGGGCUGCUGGCGGCCCAGGGCAGCCACGUCACCGCCAACGUGGUGGACCCCGGGGUGGUCAACACGGACCUCUACAGACACAUCUUCUGGGGCACACGUCUGCUCAAGAAGCUGUUUGGCUGGUGGUUCUUCAAGAGCCCUGAUGAAGGAGCCUGGACCUCCCUCUACGCAGCGGUCACCCCGGCCCUGGAAGGAGUGGGCGGCCGCUACCUUUACAACGAGAAAGAGACCAAGUCGCUCGCGGUCACGUAUGACCUGAAGCUUCAGCGACAACUGUGGGCCAGAAGUUGCCAGAUGACUGGCAUCCCGGACGUGACCGAGGGCGUCUUCUCGGGAUAGCUGCCACCUCGGGAAGACUUUGUGCCCAGCUCACCACUCACAGAAACAGGCAGAGGGAGCUUUGAUUACAAAAUAAGAGGAAGUCCUGUGACCACAGAGGCAGAGAUGGGAGUGAUGUGGCCCCGAGCCAAGGGAUGCUUGGAGCCCCCAGAAGCUGGAAGACACAAGAAAGGGUCAUCCCCUAGAGACCCCAGAGGAGCUGGGCCUGCCCACACCUUGAUUUCAGACUUCUGGUCUCCAGAGAUUGGUGAGGAUAAAUUCCUAUUGUUUUACUCCACCAAGAAAUUGGUAGUAAUUUGUCUCAGAAAACUCAUACAGUUUCUGAUGCCUGUGAACAUUUUGAACAGUUUAGCGGACACUUGGCUUGGCAGAAAGACCCACCUUUACUUACACACCAGCCAGGCAAGGAUGGUUCAACCCUCUCUCUGAGAAUGGGUAUUGAGUUCUCAAAUUCCAACGUGGAGAGAUGAGCCGUUUGAAAUGCUAUCAAAAGGACACCGUGUGUGUCCUGCCAGCCUGCACUCUGAACUUCGAGACCAGUGACCACUGGUCAGCUAGCUGUCCAUUCCCUCAACUGACAAAAUUCCACUGACGUCGACUCCUGGCACAACCAUGCAUUGGAAUCACAGCUGGCAGCUCUUCCAGUGUGGGGUUCACAGUGGACACAGGGACAGAUGCUUUCUCAAGUGCUCCUUGGUUGUUCUGAGGUGGAUGGAGUGGUGCUGUUAACCAAUUUAAUAAUCAGCCAUCCUCGUGGAAUGGAGUGUUAUGUAGUGGCCACUUAAUAAAACAUAAAGGAGUGUCAGUGCUCAGAUGUGGGAUCCUUGAGAAGACUGGUAAUGGAUUCUCUUUUGGUCUCCUGCCUCUGAGGCAUGGCACUUUUCUUGGCUAAAGGAAAACUUGAAACAAAUCUGCCGUCUGAACAGAGAUGCUGAAGAUCUUCCCAAAUGUCCAGUAAGGCUAGUGGGAUUUGGCUGCUCACUGGGGAAGCCUGUGAAAACGACUGAUGUUCAUCUCCACCCUCAACAGAAUUGCAGAGUUAAUCCCUCUGGGCAUCAGCAUUUAUUUAGAGCUCUUCAAGCCAUCCUCUUGUUCAGCCAAGUUCAAGACCCCCUGAGCCAGACAAGUGCAGACGACGGCUUCCAGUCCUGGGUGCUGGCACUUCCUAGAGCUGCUCAGAUGUUCUGCUAAGCCUUAGAGCCCAGACUAAUGUGUUUCAGAACUAGAAUUACUUCCUACAUUAAGCCAAAUUUGAGACGUGCCUCAUCUAAUAUUUCUGAACAGCCAGGACUAUGCACCAAAAAGCAGAAUCUUGAAUUCUGGGAAGAUGCCAAUCUUGGAGUGUUUGCAUGUCAUCAUAGAGCCCGUUGAUGCUUGAGGUCAUCAUACACAAGUGCCAGCUGCUCGUUCAUCAUCACAAAGGUGGUUCCCAAAUAAUACGGGCUAAGGAUGGGGUGACAGGAUGCGUCCUGGCCAAACUGAUGUCCCCCAUCACUGAGAGAACAGCUUAUCAGCACCUGACAGAUUCUUUGACCCCUGGGCUGAGAAGACCGGCUCCCAGAGCAAUUUGAAUUUUGCAGGACCCUGGCCUAAGCUUGCUCAUCCUGGUUGUAUGACAGCCUCUCUGUCACUGUUCCUCCACGGGAGAGACAGAACAUGAUUAUGGAAGUUAACACACACCCCCCCCAGACUCCUGAUUGUACGAUUCCUCGGAGCUCAGAGACACUUCCAGGCAGCUGGAGGAAUCACGUGGAUCACUGGGUGAGUAAGGCUGAAUCCGUGGCCUGGUGGAUGCUGGGGAUCCCGGGUUUGACCCUGUCACUGAUGUUAGGGGAGCCAAGAAGGCCUCUGUGCACCGGGAUGGAUGACUUUCCAUCCCCGGGCAAGACUUGAUUCAAUGAUUGGACCCUUGAUGCUUGUGUUUCUCAGUAAAGUUGCUCUUUUGUUCCCUCAA